UAGUUUUGUGAUCUGGUUCGCACGGCACUGAAAAGCCCGUGCUGCAGCUGUCUGCCAUUACGUCACACAUGCGCUUGUUUGAAAGACGCCUUCCAAGGUUCCCCUCCCUCGCACAGCUCUCAUUCUACAUCUCCAAUUCGAAUCUCACAUAGCCUGAUCUUACUUCAAGUCCAAUCAAUACCACCUCACAAAACCCCCCCAUCACAUCAACCAUGUCUCGUCGUUUCGCUACAUACGGUGGUCUCGCUGCUGUUGGUGGCGUGACCUACUACCUCUACAGCGCUGGAGGCGACCCGAAGCUUGCCGAGAGGAAGGCUGAACACGACGCUGCGACUGCCGCACGCAAGCUGAGAGGCGACUACCCUGGCCAGGACAAGGAAGCUAAGAAGGCCGGCCAGGAGGGUUACGAGGCAGUACGCGCCAGCGCACAGCAAUACGCCGACCAAGCCAAGGCGGAAGCGAAGAGGGCGGAGCAGAAGUUCGAUGCCUACAGCGCCGAUGCGAAGAAGCAGUACGAGGAGGCCAAGGUCCGCGCUGAGCGCGAGAUGCACGAGGCAGGCAAGCAGGUCAACGCUGCCGCCAACAAGUUCGAUGCCGUUGUCGAGGAGAAAGCCGCAAAGACUCAAUCAUGGCUCGGUGGACUGUUUGGUGGAAAGUAAGCUCCACGUCUAGAGGACUAAUAAUGUAAUAAUAAUGCGAAAAGAGAAGCUGGAGCUUGUUAUUGAGGAUCUUGCAUGAGCAUUGGAGUAUAUAGGCGCAGAUCUUCUCAUCCCAAUAUGAUACGAUACUCACAGUUGCCCUCCAUUCGUUGCACAGACGUGAGAAGCUCUGGCGGCGGUACGCGCCGCGCCGGUAUUGCUUUUGCGUAAUCCACUCUUUCAACGACAAGACAUCUUUUGCACGCGCUGCGUCAUGAGUAGAAUGGAAAUGAUACUAAUGCCAAAUAAGGGUUGAAAAUACGCCGGAUGCGUGGGGCAACGACACGUUCAAGU